AUGCGCGGCAGCAUUCCACAGCCUAGUCAUUCAACCUCGAGGGACUUUGCCGCAGCGUCAGGCUUCACGCACGUUGAUGAGGCCAGCGGUCAAGUGCGCAUGGUCGACAUCAGCAGCAAGACCAGCACGAAGCGAACUGCUACCGCACGUGGUCGUGUAUGGCUUCCGCGCGCCGCCAUGAACGCUUUGCGGGCGAGCGAGCAAUCUGACGCAUCCUCGGCUGUUCCAGUGCCAGCUUCUACAAAGGGCCCUGUCGUACAAACGGCGCAGCUUGCCGGAAUCAUGGGCGCCAAGCGGACGUCGGACCUGAUCCCCCUGUGCCACCCGCUGGCGUUGACGAAGGUCGCGGUGCACAUCACCUUUGACGACGACGAGGAGCUCGAGCCCGAGGGCGGUUACCUCGUCGUUGAAUGCACGGCGAGCACGACGGGCCAGACAGGUGUCGAGAUGGAAGCGCUGACGGGCGUCAGCGUUGCGUGCCUCACGAUCUGGGACAUGGCCAAGGCGGUCGCGGGACGCGAGAUGUACAUCGAAGACCUGAAGGUCAUCGCCAAGAGUGGCGGCAAGAGCGGCGCGUGGCAGCGGAGCGAUUGA